AUGUCGUCCGAAAUGGAUUAUAUUGAAUCAUUGGUAUCAGCACAAAGAUAUUUAUAUCAAUUUGGUGGUGCAUUUUUGAUCUGUAUUGGUAGUAUCGGUUGCAUAUUUAAUUUAAUUAUUUUUUCAAAGAAGAAUCUUCGUAAAAAUCCAUGUUCAGUCUAUUUCAUUGCAUACAAUAUUGCUAAUCUUUUUCAAAUAUGUAUAAUUUUUUCACAGCCAAUGUUAACAUAUGGCUAUAGCAUUAGUACGACAACAUGGAGUAAUAGUUUUUGUCGUUUCACUUAUUUUAGUGGAUAUGCUGUUGAUAUUCUCAGUUCAUUUUAUUUGAUUAUGGCUUCAAUUGAUCGAAUGUUAUUCACUUCACGAAAUGUACGCAUUCGUCAACAUAGCAAUCAUCGUGUUGCGUAUACAUGUAUCAUUGUUGGUACAAUAUGUUGUGUGUUAUUUCACAGUCCUGCAUUGAUCUUAAUCAGCAUUGUAGAAAUUAUACCGAAUUAUUAUGCCUGUUAUUUCAAUUCUAACGGAUAUUUAGCAUUCACAACCUAUUAUGAACUAAUAAAAGUCAUCUUCAUACCAACACUUAUGAUUAUCUGUGAAAUAUGUACUAUCAAGAACAUUCAAUCUACACGCCAUGCAAGAGUUAUUCCAAUAUCAAAUACAGUCGGUAGUAUCUUGAAUCCUGGACGUGCUAAAGAUCGUCAACUGAUCAAAAUACUACUUAUCAAUAUUACUGUUUACAUUAUUUUCAAUUUGAUGCCUGCAAUUGUUUAUCCCUAUCAGCAAAUCGUUCGAUAUCAAAGCAAAAAUUUAGCACAAAGUCAAAUGAAUACGUUUUUAAUGAAUGCUUCGAAAUGUGGUUAUGUUGUUCUUAUCUUACUCAUCUAUUGGAUUUCAGAAGCUAUUCCCGUACCUGUCACAUCAUUAUUACCUCUUAUCUUGUUUCCAUUAACAGGCAUACUCAAAGCUAGUGAUGUCGCUUCAAAUUAUUUCAAAGACACUGCAUCGUUGUUCUUCGGAAGUGUCACAUUAGCUUAUGCGAUACAACGAGUUAAUUUACACCGACGUGCUGCUUUAUUUAUUUUAACAGUAGUCGGAUCAUCCACCAAAUGGAUAAUGGCUGGAUUGAUGACAACGACAUGUUUGAUAUCAAUGUGGAUCAAUAAUGCUGCUAGCACGUCAAUAAUGUUGCCAGUUGCAUUGGCAAUUGCAGAUGAAUAUGAGCAACAUACAAAUAAUCUAGGCAACGCUAGUGAACAUUCAAUUGUUACUAUGAAUGGUUUGACUCCAGCAAAUGUAAAAGAUGAAUCAACUGAACAAGAACAAAAAGUUUCUUCAAAUGAUAUUAUCAAACUUAGAAAAGGUCUUAUUUUAUGUGUUGCAUACAGUUCAGUUUACGGUGGACUUUCUACUAUCGUCGGAUCUGCUGCUACAGUUUUUCUUAAAGGCUAUGUUGAUGAACAGUAUGCCAAUACUAAUUUUCGUCUAACAUUUCUCAAUUAUCUUCUAUUGACUCUCCCAACAGUCGUAUUGAUGAUGAUAUCAUGUUGGUUAUGGCUACAGAUUCGCUUUAAUUAUCACGGUUUGAUUCAAUCCUGUUGUUCGAAAAAUUCAAUGUUAAAUGCAAGAGAUGAACAUUUGAAACAGACCUUACGGCGGCAGUACAAUGAGCUUGGACCAUUGCAAUGGAAAGAAGGAGUUGUUGCCAUACUGUUUUUAUCCGCUAUCGUACUGUGGAUUACACGUGAUCUAGCUGGAAAUGGUAGUGGAUGGGGGAGUCUCAUGUCACGCAAUGCUGUAUCAAAUGGUACUGUAGCUCUAUUGAUGGCCGUUCUUACUAUGAUCUUACCAAAUGAGAAGCCACGUUUAAAAGAUUGGAAGUAUAAUCCAAUUAUUCCUUGGAUAGAUUUAUCAAAGAAUUAUCCAUGGGGAACGUUGUUAAUGCUUGGUGCAGGUCUUUCAAUUGCACAAGCAUUUCAAGUAUAUUAG